UCCAAUCACAGCCUCGGUCCUGCUCGGUCUCUGCUCUGAUUGGCCGCGGCAGCUGUCAGUCAGGCGCGGAGGGGGCGGGGCCAGGGCAGGGGCUGACCCGGAGUCUGAUCCAGUCUCCUUUACGCACAGACCGGACAGUCCGCGCGCCGCUCCACGGAUACCCGGAGAGAGAUCUGGAGAGAGAGAGAGCAGAGAAGAAGAGAGAGAGAGAGAGAGGAAAACACGCAGAAAGACACGCGCAAGUGUGAGAGAAGAAGAAGAAGAAGAAGGAGAAGAAGAAGGAGAAGAAGAAUAAAGUGUGUGAGUGUGUGAAGAGGAGAGCAGGAGUGUGUGUGCGCCUCUCCACUUCUCCUCCUCCACCUCCUCCAUGUCGCUCCCCGGCUCUCCUCCGCUCCUCUCGCCGGGCUCCGGAGCCCCAACUUCGGCCGCUCUGUACCGCUCCGCUCCGGACGCGCUCCACGCCUCCUCCGGCCCCUCCAGCCCGGGCCACGGGGGGACCACCACCACCACCACCAACUCCCACUCCCACUCCCACUCCCACUCGCUGUCGCCGUCCCCGCGGCUCACCAGCAGCAUGCUGAGCGCCUUCCUGCCCGGGCCGGGGGGCGCGCUGGCCGGCCUGGGGAACGGCGGCGCCGCCCCGCUGGUGUCCGGAGGAGGCGCCGCCGCUCUGGGUCCUCUGGGCGGACUGGGCUCCGGCUCCCCCGGCCUGGUGCAGCCCUCCUCCGGCCCGGGGGGGCUGUGCAGCGAGUGUAAGCUGGUGGAGGUGCACGGGGUGAAGGUGGCCAGCUUCAGCGUGGACGGCCACGAGCUGAUCUGCCUCCCGCAGGUGUUCGACCUCUUCCUGAAGCACCUGGUGGGCGGGCUGCACACCGUCUACACCAAGCUGAAGCGGCUGGACAUCGCGCCGGUGGUCUGCACCGUGGAGCAGGUGCGCGUCCUGCGGGGGCUCGGGGCCAUCCAGCCCGGCGUCAACCGCUGCAAGCUCAUCUCCAGGAAGGACUUCGAGACGCUGUACCAGGACUGCACCAGCGCCAGCUCUCGGCCCGGCCGUCCUCCCAAGCGUUGUUCUGGAGCCGGGAUCCAGGAAAGCCCCAGGCUGCUGCACCCGGGCCUCCCCGGCCUGCUGUCGCCCAACCUGCUGUCACACACCGGCCUGACAGCAGCAGCCAUGGCGGAGCUGCAGAAGCUGCAGAAGAUGAAGAUGAUGAUGAGUCUCCAGAACGGAAACGAGUCAGACAACGACGACCUGCACUCCAACACAGGAGGCAGCGAGUGCUCCUGGGACAAGGAGCGUCUGACCAGCCCUCCUGCUGGAGCCCACAGUGGAGGACCAGGAGGACCAGGAGGAGGAGGAGGAGGAGGAGGAGCUCCAUUAGGAGGAGGUGCAGGAGGAGGUGCAGGAGGAGGAGGAGGAGGAGGAGGAGGGAGGGGGCCGGCCAUCGGAGCUGUCAAUCAACAACAACUCCAGCAGCAACAGCAGCUACUGGCCAACAGGCUGGACCUGCCCUUCAUGAUGAUGCCCCACCCUCUACUGCCCAUGGGGCUGCCGCCUGCUUCUGUCGCCAUGGCGAUGUCACAGAUGAACCACCUCAACACCAUCGCCAACAUGGCCGCCGCGGCCCAGCAGAUACACACCCACGUACACCGGGCGCCGGUCAUCAAGGAGAGAGUGUGUGACAGUCCUUCUCUCUCUCCGUCUGUUGAUGAGACCAACACUCCUCUCCAGUCUCAGCCCAGCAGCUCCGCCUCCAGCUCGCCCGAAAGACUGGGAUUGGUGUCAGCUGAUGCAGAUGUUGUUCUGCCCAACCCUGCUGCUCCCAUCAAGAAAAUAACAAAGGACAAAGAAGAGUCCUCCCUGGCUCAGGCCCUGCCCCCCGGCUUCCCCGCUCCGUUCCUAUUCGCUGACGGCCUGUCGUCAGUGGAGACGCUGCUCACCAACAUACAGGGCCUGCUGAAGGUGGCGGUGGAGAACGCCCGGGUUCAGGACAAACAGAUCCAGGCGGAGAAGCGAGAGCUGAAGAUGGAGCUGUACAGAGAGAGAGAGAUGAGGGAGAGUCUGGAGCGACAGCUCACCUCCGAACUACAGAGCCGAGCCUCCAUCCAGAAGCGUCUGAAGAAGGAGAAGAAGGCCAAGAGGAAGCUGCAGGAGGCGCUGGAGUUCGAGUCCAAGAGGAGGGAGAGAGUGGAGGAUGCUCUCAAACACUCGUCCUCCUCCUCCCCCUCCCCCGAGCCGCUGCACGCCAGCAACAACAACAACAACAACAACAACAACAACAACGACGCUGCUGCAGCCGAAGACAAACCUGAAGUUAAUGGAAACCAGCAAGACAACGGAGCUGUACAAGACUCCCGGUCGUUUCUGAAGACCCCCAUGAUGUUCUAGAGAAGAAGAGCUCCGCCUCCUCCAGAAGCCCCGCCCCCUGCUCCUCCCACCUCCACCUCUCCAGCCCCUCCUGCACAGAAGAACUCCACCAGCCCGUCUCCACGGCGACCACGGCUUCACCGGCGGGACUCUGAUCUCCUACACGCAAACUUUAAUGUUGCUAUGAAACAAUGAGACUACUAGAAGGACCAGACCCUGAUCCAGACCCACCGGGUCUCUCUCUCUCUUUUUCUUUUCUCUACUUCUUUAUUCUUCUUUUUAGACAAACUUCACUCCAUUCAUACAGACUGAAAUAUGUGCCACCAGAAACUGAAUGUGAAUUGCAUAACUUGAUUAAUUGCAUUAAAAAACUGAUUUGAAUCACAACAUUUGAAUCUGUAUUGUUCAGUUUGAAUCAUUGCAUUGAAAAACUGAAUCUGAAUUGUAAUUUGAAAUUGAAUUUAUUCGUUUUGAACUGAACAUUCAGUUCUCACAAUUCAAUUUUCUGCGACAUAGAUACACAGAGCGCCUCUUCAGCCAUGAUAAUUCAAAUUAUGCGAUUCAAAUUCAGUUUUUUAAUGCAAUGAUUCAAGUUAAGCAAUUCAAAUUCAAACAUAAAUGAUUGAAUAAUUCAGUUUCUGGUGGUUAAUAUUUCAGCCUCCUCUUCUUCUCUUCCUGCUCCGGGACUUCUCUCUCACUUCCCUCGUUUGUUUAGAAAAAAACUGAAAAAUAAUAAUAAUGAUUCCCGAGCAAAGAAAGCGAGGAAGAAGAAGUCACGGCGAGCUAACGGAGCGGACCAACAUCACUCUGCUUCACGAUGUCGCCACGACGACCAAACGCGUGUUUCUGAUUGGUACAACAGGACAAGAACGGUCUGAAAAGACUUGGAUGGAAAAUAACAAGAUUCGUUCUCCCCCUUUUGGAUUAGACGCACAUGCAGCCCCCCCAUUGGCUGGCGGUCAACACCCCCUCUGAUUGGACGGUAAUCAGCCAAUCAGAGGAGCUCAGGACUGGAGGAGGAAAGAUGUGUAAAAAAACACUAAUUUGGGAAGAGAUGCUUAAAAAAAGAGAGGAAAACAACUUGAGAGGCUAUUUCUGUCCCUCACGUUUCAUUCAUUCCUGUUUUUUCCGUACUGGGACUGAAAAGAAUGCAUGGGAAAACUUUUCUUAUGUUGUCAUUUGGCUUAUUUUAUCCUCCGUACACUCCUUAAACUCUUUCUCUUCAUCCCUCUAUCUCUGCUCCUCUUCCUCUUAUAUCUCUGGCUUCUUCCUUUUAUUUCCUCUCUUUAUCUGUAAGGAGGCAUUACUCUGAAAAUGUUGGAUGCAGCUUUUCAAUGUAUGAAGUAUUUUCUAUCACCCUUAAUAAUAACCUGUGAAAUCAGUUUCUCAAAUGAUGCAAAAGUUUAAAAAAAAAAGCUAAAAAAAAAACAACCCUUUUUUUAUUACAAUGGAGUGAUUUUUAGACACGAUAUAAUAAUAUCCUUAAAAAAAAAAAAGGUACGUUGAAUUCUCUUCCUCGACUUUGGACCUUUUCACCUUUUCCCCGUGAGCCGACAGUAGUAAAGUUUCUGGGUUUGUCAGGCGAGGAGCGCUUGAUAUAUGCAAAGUUUUAUUUCUAUUUUGGAUCAAAUUCGAGCACUUGUUCCUGAAGUGACAAACUCCGCUCCAGGUGUAGAAAUCAAGCGCUCCUCAGCCUCAACAAACAGGAAACUCUUUAUUAUCCCCUGAUUUUCUGACCUACUACGAGUGCAGACUGUUGUGUUGCAGUUUUGUUUAUUCCACUGCGUGUUUUGUUUGUUUAUUUGUUGAUUACUAUUUGAGAUGUGUACGGGAGGGAUGAAGGGGUGGGCGGGGGCGGGUCGGGGGGGUUUAAAGGGAUAUUCCGUGUAGAUAGAAAACAAACAUUCAGCGUUUUUUCUUGUUUUUGUUUAUAUUAUUUUUUCUCCUGAUGAUCUCUCAGUCUGUCACUGUUCUCUGAGUUUGAGCUGACUGCAAAUAUACAGUAUUAUAAUGA